UCCAGCCAUGGCCAGGUCACACAGCUCCGAAAAUUUUCCGAACGUUCAUUGGAGUGACAGUUCAUCAAAGAACUGAGUGAUUAAAAAUUAAAAAAAAAAAAAAAAAAUCAAUUAACAAAAAUGUAUAAGUUUUUUAUUGUUGGUUUCGUUGUCGCGGCAGUGGCUGCAGUCCCAGCACCGGAAGCUGGAGCAGUUGAGGGUGUUCCAAAAUUGGAUUGCCUACAACUUGAUGAUGAUCUCUUCAGUUGUCUUGCAAUUAAAGCUUCAAAUGCUCUCACAAGAGCCGCGAGAUCCAGCGACAUUCAACUCAUCGAUGGAGUUAAAUUCGUCAGGGAUGCUAAUGUUCCAGUGGAACGAAAUGGAAAGUCUCUCAAGUCGGAAUCCGACGUUUUGAAUGAACUUCCACGUGAUAUAACCGACAAGACCUUGAAAUUAGCAAACAUGCUCUUCGAAUCUGCAAUGGCAUUUUUCAAAUCUCACACAUUGAAAGUCAACAUGUCCGAGGAAUCCGUCUCCCGUGCCAUUACUGAAGGUCGUGGCAAAAUCAAGAAAAUGGUCCUCCCCUUGGUGGCAGGAGUUGCAUUGAAAUUGAUUGCUCUUGUUCCAAUUCUUUUCGGUGGAUUGGCACUCCUUGUAUUCAAGGCAAUUGUUGUCGGUAAAAUUGCAUUACUUUUGGCGGCUGUUUUGGCAUUCCAAAAAAUGUUUGGAGCCAGCGCAGGAGUUGGUGGUGGAUUAUUUGGCAAAGUUUCACAACCCGUUGGUGGAUGGUAUGAUGGACAAAAUAAUCAAGCUGCAUGGAGCGGUGCCUCAGCUCAAGGACAAGGAUACUAUAGGAGAAGUUUCGAUGGAACGACCAAGGGUGAUGCACACAAUUUGGCAUACGCCGCUCAAUCACCAGUUACCAAUGAGACCAAUUAAUUUCAUUUUAUGCAUAUUGCAAAAAAAAACAUCAUCUUCUUCUCGUUCCGAGAAAAUCAAUUCCUCACUCUUGGAACAACUCGACUGCUAGGUUUAAUAAUGUAUUUAUAUAAAUUAUCUCAUCAACUGUAUAAUUUAUUUCUAAAUUAUUUUGUAUCACUGUGUCAAAUAAAUUAUUAAAUUUUUACCAAAAA